UGUCAGACAAAGAGGAUGAUAUUGCUGUGUCGCUACUAUUUUUUAUAUAUAUUUCUACUUAGUUUAAUGGUAAGCAUUAUUAAUGGAGAAUUUUCUGCAGACGAUUGCAAAAAAUUAGGAUUUAAUAAAGCUAAUUUGUUAUGUUCAACUUGUGAUAAAUUUAACAAAUAUAAUGUACCAGAAAUCUAUGACAAAUGCAAAGAAUGUUGUUUGAAAGAUGAUGACUACGAUGCAUCUGGUUUUAAACGAUACCCAAAAGCAAUUCUUAAAGUUUGCACAUGCAAAUUUGGUGCAUAUCCACAAAUACAAGCAUUUAUAAAGAGUGAUCGACCAAGUAAAUAUAAAAAUUUGCAAAUAAGAUAUGUAAGAGGUUUGGAUCCAAUUAUUAAAUUAUUAGAUGCUGAUAAUAAAGUGGAAGAUAUUCUUGAUAUACAUAAAUGGGAUACAGAUUCCAUAGACGAAUUUUUAGCAACACAUCUUGCUACCGAUUGACACAAAUGAGAUAUUAACUAAACUGUUGUAUUUUGUAUACUCUUCUUAUAUUAAAAUUAACAUAAUCAACUG